AUGUUUAGAAAUUUAUUAUUUGAUACUGUAAAAGUGUCAAAAUUUUCAAAUCCAAGAUGUAUAAGAAAUAAUCUAUUAAAUCGAACAAAAUUGGUAUCACAAAAUGUUAGAUGCAUGUCAACUAAAAUUACUAACAAUUUCACAACAGAAUUGUGGAAUCAUACUAAUAAUGUAUUUUUGAAAAGAUCUGAUCUUUAUAAAUAUACUACUACAGCUACUACCACUACUAUGAAUAUUACCAGAUCUUUCUCUUCUACCUGCCAUAAUUCUAAAUCAGACUCAUCAAGCUCUGCUACUUCUACUACCACCAAUAUCCGUACAUCUUCUAACCAAGUUGCUUAUUGGUUAAUUGGUACAUCUGGAUUAGUCUUUGGUAUCGUUAUUCUUGGUGGUUUAACCCGUUUGACUGAAUCUGGAUUGAGUAUCACCGAAUGGAAACCUGUCACAGGUUCUUUGCCGCCCUUAUCUCAAGAGGAAUGGGAAGAAGAAUUCCGUAAAUAUAAGUCUUCACCAGAAUUUCAACAAUUGAAUUCUCACAUCAAUUUAGAUGAAUUCAAAUUCAUUUUCUUUAUGGAAUGGAUCCAUAGAUUAUGGGGCCGUGCCAUUGGCCUUGUUUUUGUUAUUCCUGCAAUCUAUUUUGCUGCUAGAAAAAGAACUUCUCCUCAUGUCAAUAAACGCUUAUUCUAUCUAUGCUCUUUGUUAGGUUUACAAGGGUUUGUCGGUUGGUGGAUGGUCAAAUCAGGGUUAGAUCAAGAACAAUUAAAUGAAAGAAAAUCCAAACCAACUGUAUCUCAAUAUAGAUUAACUACUCAUUUGGGUACUGCAUUUAUCCUAUAUUUAGGUAUGCUUUGGACAGGUCUUGACAUUCUGAAAGAAAAUAAAUGGUUAAAGAAUCCAGAAAAAUGUAUUGAACUGUUUAAAAAAUUGGAUAGUAGUAAAUUAGGUCCAUUAAGAAAGAUGUCUAUCUUCUUAUUAGGUCUAUCAUUUAUAACUGCUAUGAGUGGUGGUAUGGUCGCUGGUUUAGACGCAGGUUUAAUCUAUAACACAUGGCCUAAGAUGGGAGAAAAUUGGUUUCCAAGUAAACGUGAAUUAAUGGAUCCAAACUUCACACGUCGUGAUGACCAAAAAGAUUUGUGGUGGAGAAAUCUUUUGGAGAAUCCAACCACUGUUCAAUUGGUUCAUAGAACUUUUGCUACUUUGGCUUUUUGCGCCGUUCUCUACGUCCAUAUGUAUGCAAUCAAGAAGAAACCUCUCAUCCCAAGGAACUCUCAAAUGACUUUACAUGCUUUGAUGGGUGUUGUAACGUUACAAGCUUUCUUAGGUAUCACUACAAUAUUAUUCACUGUACCAAUCCAUUUAGCAUCUACUCACCAAGCAGGUGCAUUAGCUCUAGUGACAGUGUCUUUAAUGUUUAUGAAUCAAUUGAGAAAACCAAGAAUGCAAAUCAAGAAUGUUAUAAAUUCAUCUAUGGCUGCACGUUUGAAACAUCAGGCUAAUGGUAAUGUCGGAAAGAGAAUUGUUACAGAAACAUUCAAUUUAGUUAAAUGA